ACACCGUAUAGCUUCAUAUUCAUCAUCCCACAAAUAUAUCUAGACCUGUCACAAACACAUUCGGGGACACCCAAAAAAAUAAAAAAAUAAAAAAAAGCAUGAGAACCAAAACUCAUUACGAUUCCUCUCUUCUGCUCUUCCUCUUCUUCUUCUUCAUCUUCUUUGUCUUCCAUUCAAAAGCUCAACCAUUGCCAACCACCGAUGGCUACACUUGCUCAGCAAACCAGACCACGAAUUCAUUUCCAUGCCAAACAUAUGUCUUCUACCGAGCCAUGGCUCCAGAUUUCCUCGACUUGGCCUCCAUAGGCGACCUCUUCUCAGUCAGCCGCUUAAUGAUUUCGGAACCCAGCAAUAUUUCCUCCCCAUCUUCACCUCUAGUCCCGAACCAAUCUCUCUUCGUCCCAAUAACUUGUUCCUGCAACUCUCUCAAUACCUCCGAGACAAUUUCUUAUGCAAAUAUCUCAUACACUAUCACACCAGGUGAUACCUUCUACGAUAUCUCCACCAAGAAAUUCCAGAACCUCACAACCUACCAAUCAGUCGAGGUCGUCAACCCAGAACUCGUCGCUACAAACCUCACAGUCGGUGUCAAUGUCAUUUUCCCAAUCUUCUGCAAGUGUCCCAACCAAACCCAGUUGCAGAACAGAGUCAAUUACCUCGUCUCCUAUGUUUUACAGCCUUCCGAUAACAUCUCAACGGUUGCUUCAAGAUUCGGAGUCGAAACAAGCUCAAUAAUCGAUGUUAAUGGCAAUAAUAGUCAGACUUGGGAUACCAUUUUCGUCCCUGUAGCUCAGCUUCCAGAGCUAGCACAGCCUACUGUUGUUCCUUCUUCACCUCCGGGGAACAACGAUGACAGAGAAGGGGUUGUGACAGGUUUGGCAAUUGGGUUGGGAAUCACUGGGGUUUUGUUGCUUUUGGUGUCUGGGUUUUGGGUUUACAGAGAGAAUUCGAUGAAGAAGAAAGGGAUGGUUAUUGGGGGAGGAGAUGUGGAAAAGCAGAGGUUUCAAAUGAAUAGUAAAGAAGGGAAAGUGGGUAAAGAUUCGAUGGGUAAGGAGGUGAGUUUGAUAGCGAAUGUUUCUGAGUGUUUGGAUAAAUACAGAGUGUUUGGGAUCGAUGAAUUGCAAGAAGCUACUGAUGGAUUUAGUGAUGGUUGCUUGAUUCAAGGCUCUGUAUAUAAAGGUUCCAUUGACGGUGAAGUUUUUGCCAUCAAGAAGAUGAGUUGGAGUGCUUAUGAGCAGCUCAAGAUCUUGCAGAAGGUAAACCAUGGGAAUUUGGUGAAGUUAGAGGGCUUCUGCAUAGAUACUUUGAAUGCAAACUGCUAUUUAGUAUAUGAGUAUGUUGAAAGUGGUUCUCUAUACUCUUGGUUGCAUGAAAAGAACAAUGAAAGACUAAGCUGGAAAACAAGGUUAAGAAUUGCAAUUGAUGUAGCAAAUGGUCUUCAAUACAUUCAUGAGCACACUAGGCCAAGGGUUGUGCACAAAGACAUAAAAUCCAGCAACAUUCUUUUAGACACAAACAUGAGGGCCAAAAUUGCUAAUUUUGGGCUAGCAAAGUCCGGUUGCAAUGCCAUAACAAUGCAUAUUGUUGGAACACAAGGCUAUAUUGCGCCGGAGUAUGCAGCAGACGGGAUAGUGUCGACGAAAAUGGAUGUUUUUUCUUUCGGGGUGGUUUUGCUAGAGUUGAUUUCUGGUAAAGAAGCCAUUGAUGAGAAUGGUAAUGUUUUGUGGGCAAGUGCUGGUAAAGUUUUGGAAGGGAAUGAGGAAGACAAAGCCAAGAAAUUGAAGGGUUGGGUGGAUAAUUCUUUCUUUCAUGAAACCUUUUCAAUGGAGAGCUUAAUGAACGUUAUGACUCUUGCUGUUGCUUGCGUGAAUAGAGACCCAUCAAAGAGGCCCAGUAUGGUGGACAUUGUGUAUGCUUUGUGUAAGAGUGAGGAUUUGUUCUUUGACAUCUCUGAUGAUACUUUAUCAGAUCCAUCAGUAUUGGCAAGGUAAAUGGAAAUAUGGCCUACAUCUUAAGAUCUUAAAACCCCAUUUGGACUUUAGCACUUAUGCAGUGUGAGAUUACAGUGUACAAGAAUAACAUUGAGAAUGAAAGAAAAAGGAGAAGAAAAAGGAAAAAAGAAAAAAGAAAAAAAGAGAGGGAACUUAGCUUUAUGUUGUCUACAAGAUAGUAAUAUUGUACUUGUAGAAUAAUUUGUGUGACUAUGUUACCUUUUUGUAAUAGAAAGUAAAGAGUAUUAGCAUGGCAGUUAAAUAGGCAUUGCAAGAUUGUAAAAUCAGGAUUCUAAAGGUGAUGGUUUAAUAGUAAAGCCUUUAUUUUUUCAAACAAUAA